ACAAUAAGCCAGAAAAAAAAACGACAAUUUGGGAGUUGGGAAUCUUGGGACAGCAGACAGGCGGACACCAUUGCGACGUUGGACAGGAAGACGAUCAUACGCGUCUUCCACUGUUGUUCGUUCUCUCUCUCUCUCUCUCUCGAUUAUCAAACAAAAGGGAACCGAGGAUCGACUAUUUGGGUUUCAGAUAAUCAAGGUGCAUCUGGUGUUGAUCCUUAUUUUGCCUGCUCGCAUUUUGAUUCUGAUGAGGACCUUCAGUGUCUAGGAAAGCCUUGUCUCUCUGCUGUGUAAAAGAAUCUUUGUUAUUGCCGUUCUGGAGGAUUUAGUGGGGACUCAUACCAUCUGUGCCUGGAUUAUCUGAUACUCUUACCUAGGACUAUUUUUUUCAUCGCUUCAACCAUGAGUUUUGUUUUCAGAGGAACUAGAGCAGAUAUAGAAAGCGGGUUUCCAGGUUUUAUUCCUGAACGGCGUUCUGUGCGUGUUCAUGCAGCUCGGCCAGUUAAUACGAAUUCAAUGGCUUUUCUUGUUACAGCAGUUCUUCUUUUGUUCAUGGUAUUAAAUUCACACCAAAUGUCACCAAACUUUCUGCUCUGGCUAUUUCUGGGCGUCUUCUUAAUGGCUACUAGCCUUAGGAUGUAUGCAACUUGUCAACAACUUCAGGCUCAGGCGCACGCUCAUGCUGCGGUAGCCAGUGGUCUGCUUGGUCAUACUGAACUGAGGUUGCAUAUGCCACCAUCCAUAGCGUUGGCAACAAGAGGUCGUCUGCAAGGCCUCAGGCUCCAGCUUGCUCUUCUUGACCGUGAAUUUGAUGACCUAGAUUAUGAAACUUUGAGAGCAUUGGAUUCUGACAAUGCUUCCACAGCUACUUCAAUGAGUGAGGAAGAGAUAAAUGCACUUCCCGUUCACAAGUACAAGGUCACUGGUAUACAGAGUGAUGGCUCCGAAAUGCAACAGGCAUCAUCUUCAUCAAUGACCGAGAAAAAGCAAGACUCUUGCAAGGCAGAUGGAAAUAUUAAAUCUUCAGAAGAUGAACUGACAUGCAGUGUUUGCCUGGAACAAGUUAAUGUUGGAGAACUCAUCCGCAGCUUGCCUUGCUUGCAUCAGUUCCAUGCUAACUGCAUUGACCCAUGGCUGCGGCAGCAAGGCACAUGUCCUGUGUGCAAGUUUAGAGCAGGUUCUGGAUGGCAGGAAAGUGGAGAGAGUGGAAUGGAUGCUUCCUACAUGGUUUGAAGCACUUGCGCAUCAUUUACAUAUGUAGCUAAUAGAUUUACCCUUACACCUACAUAGGCAAAGUUCAAAAGAUCUUACAUGUAAUUUUUCAUUCUCUAGGAAUGGUGUGAUCUAAAUUUAACAAGGAUGUGAAGAAAAUGAUGGGAUAAUGGGUUGGUUGCAGAACCAAAAAUGAAAAAAAAAAAAUUGUAAUUUUGAAGUUCUAACGAGAAAGGUUUCGGUUAUCUUGAAA